CAUUCAUAAAUACGUUGCAGCAGAUGCAGCUGCAACAGCAGCAGUUGCAGCAACAGAUGUUGCAGAUGCAACAAAUGCAGCAACAAGCGGUGCAACAACAACCGCAGCAGCAGCAGCAACAACCGCAGCAGCAGCAGCAGCAACAACACCAAGUAGAACAAGAAGAAAAGGGGGAAGUAGACGCUAAGCCGUUACGCGUCAGGGGGACAUCGGCGGGCACGCGCCGAAAACCUUAUCGCGGCAGAGGCGCCGGUGGAGGAAGAGGUGGCGGUAGAGGAACAGGCGGCGGUGGAGGAAGAGGCGCCGGAAGAGGGGGAGGCUACCCCUCUACAAUAUAUCAAUUUUUUAAUAACAUAUAUAUAAAUUGA